CAGCUGAGCCCAGAGGGUGCCUGCUUGUGUUGUGUGUUUGUGUGUGUUUGCUCGUGUGUGUGGGGACGCCUGCAUGUGGUGGAGGAGAUGUUCUGGAGUCAUAAGAUCAUCUGGUUCCGAGUGGUUUUAAUCUGCGAACCAUUAAGGGAUCAUGGAGAACUUUUUUUCGGGUAACAAGAGAACUAACUGAGGCCAAGACUUCCGCUCCUUGACCGAGUGACUUAAAGGAUGUUAUAAAAACAAGAUAGUGCGGGAAGCGAAAGAUUGGCACCCUGUGGAGCUGAGAUUUAUUAAUUACAGCUAUCAUUAUUAGUCUGGGUUUUUAAACCCACGUUGGGUAUAUGACUGUCAUUCACGGAAGCAUUUUUGUCAAUUGUUCACUGACUUUGGGGGACCCCAUGGUUCUUUGGCGAGCUUCCUUGGAAAGUUCAGGAGAAGGCAUGGAGCAAACUUGACUUCACUGUGGAAAAAAGAGAGGACACGUUUCUGACUUUUACACUGCCAACAACAACAACAAAUAGCUACUAUGUAUUUUCCAGCAAUGUGGACAGGGGCCAAGUGAAGGUGAACUGGUCAUGGUUUGUCGCCAGAUUUUCCUCUGUCGUCGGCGUUUCUGCCCAAGACCCUUCUUUCUGGGCUUAGUGGUAGCAAUCUGCCUCUUCUACCAGACUCUGACACUCAUAGGGACGAGGAAACUUUUAUCAGCUGUUACUGGGGCUUCCCCAUACAAAGUGGCUGAAAGUUAUCAAAGCCAAUCGAAGGAAACUGCCACAAGGGAUACAUACUGCUUCCUGUCAUCAGAUGAUGCACAGGCAACCCAAAAGAUUAAAGAGUCUAUUGUGAAGCAUUUUGGAAGCCACGGGAGAAGGGCAGUGCUCUAUGUGCCUUCUUCCUACAGCCAAAUGGAACUUCAGCUUUAUCAGCACAUACUCACACAUCAUGGCUAUACCAUAAUUACCUCAGAAGAAAGCCUCAGGGCUGGCCUUGGGCUGGGGCAGCUGGACCAAGGUGAAUCAGGCUCUUGGGAUCUUCUCAUCUGCCUGCCUUCUAGGAAAGCUGAUGGAAAGCCCUGCAUCAUGAAAGAAGACCUUUUCCAGUUGAACUCACAUCAAAGGGUAAAUAUACUCCCAGAAAUACAGCAUCAGCUUUGCAGCAAGGAAGGAUUAUGCCAAAUCAUUAGAAGAUUUCCAGAGUUGAAUCUUCCUGUUGUCCCUUCUGUAUGUCUGAAUGAGCACACACAGGUAAAACUGAGCACUUCAAACCAUCCUUCAAUGACAGAGAAGUCUCAUGGGAAACACCCUGUACCUCUAAGGCCCUUAUGGAACUGGCCUCGUCAGCUGAAUCAAACACCAGCCCCUGUGAUGACACAUAAGCAGCCUUUUAAAGCCAAAGAUUUGUCUGUGAUCAUUAAAGCAUAUGUAUUGGUGACAUCUUUAACACCUCUGCGGGCCUUCAUUCAUUCAACUGGUACCAUUUGGAAUCCACCCAAGAAAAAACGUUUCACUGUCAAGCUGCAAACGUUUUUUGAGACAUUCCUCCGGGUCAGUUCUCCUCUUCAGGCCUUUGAUAACAUGAAGGAAGCUAUAAGUAAACUUCUGCUGGCAGCCGAAGCAUUCAGGGAAACGUCUACUCUGGGACCAAAGACCAUCAAAAGGUGCAGAUUAUGUUUUCAACUUUUAACAUUUGAUAUUGAUUAUAGCAGCUCUUUGAACCCAUUAGUUCUUCAGGUGCAUGAGCAUUUUAAUUUUCAAGUUGAUGAUAAUCUUCAUUUGGAGGACCAAAAUACAAAAGAAUUCCUUUUAAAAGACACUUUCAAUUUUCUCUUUGCCAAUGAGUCUUCACUUUCCAUUUUUUCUGAAGCACUUCAAAGAAUUUACAGAUCAGAUAUAAUUAAGGGUGAAGGAUAUCAAAAUGAACUUGAUCCAUGCCUCUCUUUAGAGGAUAUGAAUUCAAUUAUGACAUUCAUAAAGGAACUCAAGAGUCUGGGACAGUUUCAACUGCUUUUCCCAUCAACUGCUCCUGGGAUUCAAGCUUUUAUGCGUGAAUUUUAUUACGUGGCAGAUCCUAUGGGAAAACAUGGUUCAGUUCUGACCCAGCACUGGUCCCUCUUAAAUUUAUUCAAAGAACUACAGCUCACAAAUAAAAAGACUCAGCUCUAUUCUUUAGAAUGGAAACACAAGAAUAGUUUGAGAGAUUCACCUCUGAAACAAGCAAAUCACAGGAAUCUGUUUCCAGAUAACAUUAAGCCAAGAGUUCCCUUGGAUGCAGGUGAAAAUAUCAUAGUGCCACAUUUAACGAAUAAGACCAAAGAGAUACAUUGCAGUAAUGAUAAAGACACAAUAUCUUAUAUCAAGCAGAUCUUUACAAAUCCACAUUUGGACCUGAAUCCAGAAUUUAACCCAAAGAUCAGAUACUACCACUCUGAAGUCCCAUUUGAUGUUAUAACAGUAACAAUUGGAGCAGAGACUUCUAAUUGCCAGUGCAAAGUACAUCUGGAUGAAAAGGCAGGGCCAAGUUUUGCAAAUUAUCCUCUAGGGUUAGGAAUGAACAAAAUCCUAAUUCUUGUGGUAGAUGAAUCUCAAGCAAAUGGCGAAGUCCUCAGCACUUACAGACUCACGGUUUACCGAGAAGACCGCCCAAGUCUACCCUUAUUCAGUGACUACAUGGCAUGCGGUUUUGUGCAGGAUUGUGGUUUGAAGAUUCACGCAGAAGAAACCUGUGGAUUACAGCCUCUGUCAUCUGACUACAUUGCAACCAUUUCCCAGCCUGAACUAAAGAUUUGUAAGUCUGGGGAUGCCAAAGGACAGUGGAUUGUACCAUGCCUUAGCUGUUCAGACAAUAGAACCUGUGAUUGGAGAGAAAUAACAUGGCAGCCUCAUAACUGCCAGUAUAGUGUCCUAUCAAAGACUCAACUACAGCACUGUCUGGGAAGAAGAAAGGUCCUUUUCAUUGGAGAUUCAACCAACAGAGGAAUAAUGUAUUAUCUGAUUGAAAGAGUCAACGAAACCCUGCAGGAAUGGCAGAAAGUGCACAGCAUUAAAUCAUACUACAAUGUCAACAAUGGCAGAACAUUCAUCAGUUACUCCUAUUAUCCCCAAUUCUGGAUCAGUGUUUCACAAAGGCCAACAUUUGAAAAAGCUCUUGAACAACUUUUGCAGAGAUCAUAUCCCCUUGAGAACACAGACCAGACUAUAUUAGUUGUUGGUGGUGUUCAAUGGCUUAAUUCCAAUCACCUACAAAUUAUUCACAAGGUUUUGAAGAGGGAAAACUUAUUAAAUAUUCUGGUGGUUAUCAAAACUCUGGGAAUGGGGUUUCAUCUGCCUGUUGAUGGAGUGCAUUCUUUAACCCAGAAUGAAGUACAAGAUUUAUGGAAAGAAAAUUGUAUAAUAUUAGAUUCUGCAAAAAGAUAUGGCUAUGAAGUGGUUGAUACUUUUAGCAUAACCAUGGGACGCUACAAGGAAUUUCUGCAAGGAAAGUGUGGAUGUCAUUUCCAUGAGGUAGUUAAAUCUAACACUUCCCAGGAAUAUCAUCUUAUUAAAAUGAAACCAUCAAAACAGCAUGUUGUGGGAAAAUAUUUUAGCAAUUUGAACAAACAGAAGAGACUGCAAAGUUAUGCAACUAAUGUACAAUCACCUUAUCAUGUCAGGGGCCCCGUCAAUCAAGUCUGUUCUGAAAUUCUUCUCAGCAUGAUAUGUACGCAUGAAAGGACUGUGUAGCCUUCCUUCUGGAGAAGCAGCCUUGCAUUUGGAAACUUCCCAUUUAUCUGGUCUGGGAACCAUGUCAAAUGCAUUACAUAUGUCUAUGGACCUCGCAUGUAUGCUUGCAUAGAGAGAGAGAGAGAGAGAGAGAAAGUAGGGACAUUCUUCCUGAGGAUUUAUAAUGUCAAGAUGUGCCCCCUGCGCAUUGUAGUUUCUAAAUGAUAAAGAUACAAAAAAAAUUUUGAUUUUUUAAAAAGGAAAAGAAAGGAAAACUUUACUUGAAAUAUAGCCAAAUGCUUAAGUAAGCUAAAGGCGGGGUAUUAGAUUUUAUGAGAAUAAAGGUAAAUAAUAGGCACUUGAAAUAUGUGAAGAGACCCUAAAGCUCUUGAGCUUCAUUUUUUCUUACCUAUAGGUACAUUCAUAUUGAUGGGGGUGAAGGGGGAAGCAAUUACAUUCCACUUGCAACUAGGUACAGUACUUGUGUUUUUGGGUGGAAGAAAAUACAGUAUUUAGGAUGACACUGGUUUUUAUAAAAACUAAUCCUUCUGAAAGGCAUUUCCCUCCAUUUGCUUGAUUGUUUAUUUUACAAUUUUAGGGAUGGAAGUAGGAUAGGAAGGGGGUUUAGGAGGAGAACCGGUACAGGAGAUUCCAAAGGGUCUAGAUGGGAGAAAUAUUGGAGUAAAACUCUUUAAAGCUAACACUUCAAUUGACCCAAGUUUUCUUUACAUAGUCUUUACCCUUAUAUUUUUAAACAUAUCCCCCUUCUGUCCAGUAUGCUGAGCUUAAAUAGGAUGCUUGUAGUAUAAUUUGUUAAUGAACAUGUCAAGUUAAAGAGAGGAACCAAAUUUUUUUCCAACUGUAUUAUUAGAUAAUAUUUGUAAAGUGCUUUGCAAACCUUAAAGAGCUAUAUAAAUGCUAGCUAUUAUACUAUUUCAUGUGGUCUCAUUUGCUUAAGGGAGGAAGGGUUAGGACCUGUGAUUUUAUCUAUGUGGGGAAUCCCUGGUGUGGAAAAUCCUUUCAUUGAUGAGUAACUCAUCUGUAACAGAUAAAUUUUAGAUAGUUUCAAUUAGUUGCCUGGGGCACUGAUUUGCCCAGGUCACAUCCUAGUGUAUGUGAAAAGUAGGUCUUGAACCCAGCUCUUCCAGACUGGGUUAAUGGGCGUUAAUCCACAAUCCAGCCUCUCCAGUUCCUAUUAACUUAUGUAAAUGAAAUAGGAUUGUGAAAAGAUUUGUUUUUCAUUAAACUUAAUAUAUACUUUAAGUUAAAAUCUUAACAUCAUAUAUCUGUCAAAGGAUUAUGUUUCCUUAAAUUCCUAGAUACCAUUCCCAGGGGGUUAAAAAAAAAAGCAUCCAUGGACUUACUAGAUCAUCACUAGUUUGAUUAUAACUUAUUCUGAUUUUCAAGAGUCGUUUGAGUUUUGGGGAAACACAUGCAUUGGAAGAGAAUUUCAGGUAGCAUUAAAUAUUAGUUGGUUUCAUUUUCUUAAAAUAGUGGAAUAAAAAUUAUAUUAUUCUUGAAAAAAAAUUCUUCUUAAGAUAGGAACUAUGUGCCAAUCUAACAUUCUUAUUUUCCUGUUCUGUAUUUUAAAAUCCAAAUGCUGAACUUUUUUUUGCUUUACACAAGUACUGGUGUUGUGAACUAUUAUUUCACAGUUAUAAUGUGUUUUAAAAGUAUUGUUUUUCUUCAAAAAAAAAAAGCUAAAUUAAUUCAGUUCAUAACUGAAACUGCCAAAAGUGCAAUACCUCAACUUCACCAUCAUAUAGAAAAUAGGACUACCUGAUAUGAUUCACUAUAUGAAUAGACAUAGAUUCACUGGUAUGAAUUUCUUCAUCCUUUAAGACCUCUAUAUUUUUAUAUUAUAUAUAUUUUUAUAUGAAGUUAUUCAAGAAAUGUAUACAUCAAUCUAUUCAAUAAGCUGUUUUGAGUUAUAUUUCAACAUAAAAAUAGCAAUAUAUACAAGCAAUGCAUGUCUGCAUAACAAAUGGAUUAUAGUCAGUUAUUUUUUAAAAUAUGGUACAGAAGUUAAUUUUGCAAAGAUCUGAUCUUUAUAGCACAUGCAAAUGUAUGAGACACUUAAAAUGGAACGCCAUUUUUUUUUCAGGUUUUCAGUUAUUUUAGAGUACAAAAUGCUUUAUAUUUGUGCCGAUGAAUUUCUUCUCUCUCUGCCUUAAAAAAGUAAAGAUUGAUAUUUCCAUCUUUGCUAUUUGUCAGUAUUAUGUUCAGUGAUAGUAUAAUGUAGUUUGGUGUAGUACAAUAGAUGAAUCAUACUUUACUUACUUUGUCUUAAUGUUAUUCUUUUAAGAUUAGUCUAAGUAAAAGUUGAACAGUAUUAAUAUGAAGCAAUCACUUUUAUGACUGUAUUUAGUAUGAUUUUUAUUGGAAGUACAUGAUUUUAGAAAGAAUGGUAAUCAUGAUGUUUAAAUAAUUACAACUUGAAGUCUUAAUAGUGUUGCCAUCUUUCAUCCAUGGUCAUUUCUGCUUUACAUUGACCCAGACCAGCUUCUGAACAGAAAGCAGGGUUAGCCUAUUCCACGAUCAAAUACUGGGAUUUCAAGUAAACAUUUUGAUUAGUCAUUUUACAUUAAAUAAAUUAUCUCCCCACUGAAAUAUGUGCAUUUUUAUUUUCUGGACAUCAUUUUAGUAGGGAAAAAAUUGCUAUGUGCAUGUUUAUAUGUGAAUGAAAUAAAUAAUUUGCAUUUUCAGCUAGUGUUUGCUUUAGCCUUGGAAUAAGGUUCUCCAUUUGCCUUAAUCUUUGGAAUAAUUUUCAGUAAAAAUGAUCAUAAUGUUGUCAUUUAAUUGACAGGUACAGGUUAAGUACAUCCUUUGUGAUGCUACCCAAAGAAGAAAGACAGAAUAGGUAGUGAAAGUAUUAAAGUCUAAGAAUAUCUCAGUGGAAAUUUUAAGACAAAGCUGUGAGCCUUUCCUUCCCCAUCCCCAAAGUUCAGUGAGCUGUUUGGCAGCCAUCCAAUCUGGUCAACAAGCCCCAGAAGGACCAUGUGAGAAAUAUGGUAUCAUUGCCCAUUAGACUCCUAUGUGGUGCAUUUAACCUAAGUGUAAUUUACAAAUUUCUGUAGCAGUCUCCACUGCAGGAUGGUAAUUCCUACCCUCCUUCUCAUCUCCAGCCCCUCCACCCCCUACCACUUCCCUUUUCGAAGGUGCUGGCAAAAGUUGCUGAUUUUUGAGACUGUGUAAGUCAGGCUGUGGAGCUUUCCAGAGAAGAUAAGACUGCUGGUUAAUUUCUAGUGUUUCUUCUGAAUAGUUUUUCUACUAUUUCUUGUUGUAUUUCAUUUUAGAUAACCAAGAAGAAAUUCAAAAUGAUGCCUAAAAUAUUUUUACAUAAUCAGAUUGAUUUCUUCAGUUUUAAUUUUUACUUCAAAACAAUUUUUAAUAGACCUAAUUCAAUAACCCUUCAGUUUUAAGAUUCCUCACCCUACCCUGGUCCCAAUUUUAAUAAGUUAAGGGAAAAGACAUCAAACCAUAGAUUUAAAGUUGGAAGGGACUUUAGAAAUCAUGUAAUUCUAUCAUUUUACAGAUGAGGAAAUUGAGGCCCAGAUAAACCAUGUGACUUGACUUCACACAGGUAGGAAGUACAUAGGACUAGGUUCUGUGAAAAUCUUUAUCCAAAGACUGCUCAAUCCAAACCCAGGUUGACACAAUAGCAUUUUUUUUUAACCCGAGUGAAUUCUUUUCUGGGUAAAACCCAGGAAGGAUUGAAAUGUCAUCAAAACUAAAGGCAGACCCUCUUAAAAUUAAAAUUAGAAAAUACAGUUAUGGUAAGUUCAGUAGAAAAGUUUCAGUGUGAAAGCAUUAAGAACUGUUCUCCAAAUCAUAGAUUUCAGCUAUGUAUACAAGAGACAUGAUCUUUUUUUGUUGUUUUAAUCAGAUGGAUAUCAGAAAAUGACCAGUUUGUAAAUGAACUUUUUUUCCAUUUUCAGUUAUUUUUUGUGACACCUUUAGAAUAAGAUGUCUUCAUUUUUGGAAUGCUGUUUCUGAAUUUCUUCCAAGUUUCUUUGUAAUCUAUAAACUAUUCAAUAUAAACCUAUUGGAGCUUUUUUUUUAAAGCAUUUGAAGUUCAAAAACUUUUUUUUAAUCAUUUGGAAGAAACUAAGGCAAUUUGAAAAGAAUACAUUUUAAAGAGGAGGAACCAGAAAGUAUUAGAAACCCCAUUGGACAUUAAAGACAAUGGGCUAUUAUCAGUGUUGCAGAAUUAGAUAUGUAUUUGGCACAGCUUCCAAGUUUCCAUACUCUCAAAGAACGUUUUAUCAUUUUUACUGCUACAGUGACUAUUACUGUCAACUUCCAUAUUUCUUUUAUGAUUCACUUGGUAUAGGGAGCUUAUAGAUUUCAUUCUUGUCUAACUGAUGGUGACCAUACAUUCAUCCUUGAUGUGGUGAUCCAUUUGUUUUCUUCAUAUUCACAAAAACAUAUUUUUCCCAUUUUUAUGGCUCUAUUAAAUGUCAAACUAACAUGUAUUACCAAUCUCAAUAUAUAAAUUAAAUGGUGCUCUUGCAAAUCUAUUAAGAACAUCUACAAGUAGCCCCACCAACAGUCUAUAUAUAAAUAAUUAUUUAAACUCAACAAGUCAGGGAGGGGGUGAGGAACAACAAACAUCUGCAUCACAUAAAAUAUUGUAAAGCUACCGACAUGUAAAUCAUAUGUGAGGAGUUAACAGUACUGAUUUUGAUUUAAGUUAAUUGAGAUUUUCUUCAUCUUUAAGUUCACACAUAUCUCAAGUCCAUGUAAAGCUUUGCAAGGCACAGUUUCUAUUUCAUCAUAUAGAAUCAUCCCAUUUGGCAAUCCUUUGUGGACAAUAUCUGGAUGUAUUGUUGUGUUGAUACCUAAACUGUGCUCCAAGGAAGUCUGGUUUUCCCCAUAACACACCUGUGGAUUCUUCAAGAAAAGUUUGACACUAGUGAAAUUUUUCAUUCUUAAAUAGUAAAUAUAAGAUUAUGAGUAAAACAAAAUACCUACUAUUGAUGCUGAAUUUUUUAGUAUAAAAAUAGACUUAAUUUAUUUUAUUUUGUUCCUAAAUUUUUCUAAGGUCCUUUGAUUUUAGGGUGGGUAUCCUCCAUGUUUAGAGUAGUAUUUUGGGGUCUCAUCAAGGUGAUUCAAGUCCAAAGAUAUUCCAUGGUCAAAAUAGUUUGUGAAACAUGACAUUCUUAAAUUUUAGAGGAGAUCAUGAGUAGAUGUUGAAUUUCACCAACCAAAGCUUUUUCUUGGGAAUCAUAUUCAGUAUCUAAUUUUUAUUCUAUGUAAAAAUGUUUAAUGUCUGUCUUUCUAUAAAAAAUAAAGACAUUUUUAUAACCUGCA